AUGUUCGAGAUGAAGAAAACCAUUGACGCCUUAGUUGUUUUAGCAGGUAAGGUUUCAGAAUAUAACGCAAAAAUGAAUCCGCAAUGUUCAAAAUGUAAAGCAGCAAUGAGGAAAUAUAACUACUCCGUCAAAGAGAUAGAACGUAUGCGAAACGACUAUGCAGAUUUAAAGAAAGAAGCAGAAAAACCAGCAGAAGAUAAAAUGAACAUGUUAGAAUUUCUGAACAAAAACUAUCCAACUGCUGACGAUUUCCUUCUAUCUGACGUCAAGAAGAAGUAUAAAGAAACUUUCGGUAUCGUUAAAACAUUCGAUGUACUGACAGAAGAAAUAGAAGCUACGAAAUUGUUUAGAGUCAUGAACCAUCGCAACAUAUACCAUGUAAAACGCUUGUAA